UUACAUGGGACGCUCCCUAUUCAAUUAGCCACCUUGCAACAAGUCAAAAGCAAAGAGGAAAAUGCAAGGAAAACCAGAAGAAGGGUCGUCACCAUCGCCAUGAUGAUGAUCAUCAAUGUCAUGUAUAGAUGAUUAAGAUCUACAAAAUAAAUCCAAAAAAAUAUUUAUAGGAACCUUUCUUUUGGGUCAUUUCCACCAGUCGAAGCGGUCGCUUAGAGGAAGAGCAUAGCCCAAGCAGACCAAGAAGCAUUUUUUAGCGAGAAAUGGGUUUGUUCACAAACCGAGUUGAGAGAAGUGAGAUCAAGCCAGGCGACCAUAUUUACACCUACAGAGCUGUCUUCGCUUACUCUCACCACGGUAUCUUUGUUGGGGGAAGCAAGGUGGUUCACUUUAGACCAGAGAGAAUCUUGAAUUCAAGCACUGAAACGUCAUCUGACUAUUAUGAGGAAUCAAUGUCAAACCCAUGUCCAACUUUCCCUGAUUGUGGAUUCAGACAACCCAACAGUGGCGUUGUCCUCUCUUGCCUGGACUGCUUCCUUAGAAAUGGAUCUCUCUACUGUUUUGAGUAUGGGGUUACCCCUUCAGUUUUCAUUGCCAAAGUAAGGGGUGGUACAUGUACCACUGCAACAUCGGAUUCACCUGAAACGGUUGUCCACCGAGCUAUGUAUCUUCUUCAAAAUGGAUUUGGUAAUUAUGAUGUGUUCCAGAACAACUGUGAGGAUUUUGCACUUUACUGCAAAACUGGCCUUCUGAUAGUAGACAAACUGGGUGUUGGAAGAAGUGGCCAAGCUUCUUCUGUCGUUGGUGCUCCACUGGCUGCAAUUCUAUCUUCCCCUCUUAAGUUAUUGAUGCCAAGCCCAGUAGGUGUAGCUACAGUAACGGCUGGGAUGUACUGCAUGAGCAGGUAUGCCACCGAUAUAGGUGUUCGAACUGAUGUGAUCAAGGUGGCAGUGGAGGACCUGGCUGUGAACUUGGGUUGGGGUGACCAGCAUGAGGAGGAAGUUCCUGAGGAUGACGAUUCUUCAAACAAACAGCUUAUCCAGCUGAUGUGAAUUUCAUCCUCCUGCAAAUGAAGCUGGACCUAUAAAUUAUUGAUAGCCAGUGUUGGUAAUAAGCAUUUUCUUGACAUUAAUGCCUGUUAGUCCUGAUGUGCCUGCUUUCCUUUCCCUACUCUACGAUUCUCGUCCCCUUACAUUUUAUGUAAAUCAUACAAUUGCUUUGUGGUUGAUUAUGCAUGGAAUGAUGAAAGCAAACGUGUCUGGUUUUUA